AUGAAGAAAAUGUUAGUAAGAGAUUUUAUUUAUGAUCGUCUUUAUCAUCCAGUUGAGGGAUAUUUUGUAAAGAAUAUUCAACUUGGAGCACUUAAAAAACCUAUCGAAUUUAAAUAGUUAUUGGGUUAUGAGGAUUAUACAAAGAAAUUAAUAGAAAAUUAUCCAGAAAAUUAAUGGUUAACUCCUUCUGAAGUAUUUAGACCAUAUUAUGGAAUAACAUUGGGAAAUUACAUAAAUUAAUAAUUUAGGUUCACUCGUAAAGAAAAACUUAGAAUAGUUGAAAUUGGUGCUGGAUAUGGUGCUGCUUGUGAAGGAGUCUUAUAUUAUUUGAGAAAUCACUAACCUCAGACAUUUUCAAAUAUGGAAUAUCAUUUAGUUGAUAUCUCUCCAGAGGCUUGUUAAUAAGCAGAAUAAAGAUUNUAAUUGGUAAAGGUGGAUUUAUAUAUAAUGAAUCUAAUGUAUUUUUAUUAAAUGCAUUCAUUCCUCCAAUCUUAUGGUUUGUUGACCCUUGGAGUAUUUAAAAGGACUAUUAAAGAUAAUAAUAAUAAAAGAAUGCUAAGAAUUGUGUAUUAACAUAGUAAGAAGCUAAUGAAAUUAUGGAGAUGCCUGAUUAUUCAUAGGCUAAGAGAUAUGGUGAUAUUAUGAAAACUAUGUGGUUUACAUUCUUUUAUGGAGAUAUCAUACCUGUUGGAAUUUUAUUUAGUAUUAUGGGUUUGACAUUAUAUUAUUUUGUUGAUAAAUAUAAUGUACUUCGAAGAAGAACAAUUAAAGAAUCUCUUUCUAAGCAUUUAUCAAUUGAAAUGAUUGAAAUGCUUGAAUUAAUUGUUAUAUUUACUGGUAUUGGUAAUACAGUUGUCUCAAGUAUUCUAUUUGGAGAAGUCAAAUGGUAAGAUUUUAUUAUAAUAAUAAUUGGAGUAUUGUAUAAUCUUCUCCCUAUGGAAGAUAUCUCGAUUGUUUUAUUUCCAUUAGAAUAAAAAGAUGAGGUUUUAAUGUAUGAGGAAGCUGAACAAUAUUUCAAUACAGAUUAUGAUAGAGAAAAUCAUGUAACUAGACGCGAAGCUUUAGAAGAAUUUGCAAGAAAAAAAUGA